AUGGCUUCUCCAGUAAAAUUGAUUUCUGUUCGCAAAAUUUCUCCACCACCAUCACCAGAAACUGAAAUGAUUUGGCUAUUUCAUGCAUAUAGAAAUCUAUCAGAAAGUGCUCAAGUCGUCGAAUGGAUUCCGUACCCAGCUGAAAUAUCAUCAUCUUUGGAAAAUGCCGUUAGGUAUGGUUUAGAAGAGACUUUUAUCAACGACACACAUCGAAUUGAUUUCAUAGAGCUGUUAGAAGUGCGCAUGGAAGAUCCAACGUGUUGCCGACCUAUUCGACGAUGUUCAUUGACUCUAUUUAGAGAGAUUGAGAGAAUGACAAAACUUGAUCCGCCUCGUUGUGAAAGACUAUCUUUCCGAUUGAAUACGAAUUUACAAUGUAGUACUAGUGUGGAUACAGCUUAUCACGGUUCUCAGUUUGUUCGUGAUUGGUUAUUGAAAUUUACUAAUGGAAAACUUAGUGUGAAAUUCAAUGAUAUCUUUCCUGCUCUUAUCAACGGUUUAAAAGACGAAGGUCGUCAGGAACCGAAAAAUAUUGUCAAUGAUAUUGUACGUAUUUUGAAUUCGGCUAAAGAUGAAUCUUGUAAGAUGAAUGAAAAGAAAAGAAUGAAAAAACUGCAAGAUUGUUGUAUCAAAUUAUAUACAAAACAAUGUUAUGUCUUUCGCAUUGUAAAUACUGCAUUACGUGACGAUGACCGAACGAAGCUAGAUACACUAGGCCCCUACUGUUAUCUUGUUUAUAAUUGCAUAGGUCGUCAUAUCCAUGAUCAACAUCUUCUAGAACUACUUCAUCGAAAUAAAUCUCAUUCGAUGACUGUAUACCGUGGUGAUAGUGCUCCGCGUAAAACAAUUGAAGAGUAUCGGCAAGCAGCUAGUCGAAAAGAAAAAUAUUUCAAAUGGUUGUCAUUCGUUUCGACUUCAGCUGAUCGUAUUGUUGCCGAACACUUUGCAUUGAAUGUUUUGUACGUCAUCGAAGUUGAACGCUAUUUAUCCAUGGAUCAAUAUACUGAUUUAGACACAAAUACAUAUUUUGAGAGUGAACAAGAAAUCUUAUUGAAACCUGGAACAAGAUUUCGAGUUACGAAAGUAGAAUUGGAUUCUAUUUCUGGGCGACACUUGGUCCAUAUAAAAAUUAUUCCAUCCUAUGUGUCUCAUCUGCGAUAA